AUGAAGUUGCUCUUACCGGCCAAGCACAAUGGAGUUGAUGCGGAUAUCGUCCUGUUGAGCGUAAGGCCGUGGGAAAAAGGAGAUGACGAGGGUAUGCUGACUCUGCGGCAACACCAGGAUUUUGAAGCAGAGAUCCAGAUCGCUCCGCCUGAGCCAUUACAGAAGUCACAAGAAAAUGCAAAUCGAGAUGCUUUUUGA